AUUUGAUUUUUUACAUGUAGUUUAUAAACAAGUUCCACAUUCCAAACGUAAUUUUAAACAUAAAUUAAUAUAUUUUUUAUAAAAAGGAUAUACAAAUAUUGCAUUAUGGCAGAAGAACCUAUACCACCAAUAAAUGUACGAUUAGCGGUUGAUCGGUUAGAAAUGAAUUUAUUUGGAAACCCUGAAGUUCAAUUGCGGUUUUAUACUCCAGGAGAGGAAGUUUCGAAUCAAGGAGAUUUUUUGAGAGGUCACGGUACUUAUGUGGACGAACACAACACUUUGCGUUCAUCGGCGGCUGGAGUUUUAGAAAAAGUAAAUAAAUUGAUUUCCAUAAAGCCCUUUAGAGUGCGAUACCAAGGUGAAAUCGGUGACGUAGUCAUUGGACGAAUUACUGAAGUGCAACAGAAAAGGUGGAAAGUGGAUACAAAUGCAAAAUUGGAUUCUGGACUUCUUCUUUCCAGUGUUAAUUUACCUGGGGGAGAAUUGAGAAGAAGAUCCGUCGAAGAUGAGCAGACUAUGCGUCGUUAUUUACAAGAGGGUGAUUUAAUCUGUGCCGAAGUCCAAAAUACAUUUGCUGAUGGAUCGCUUUCACUGCAUACGCGGGUUCUCAAAUACGGAAAGUUGUCUCAAGGAAUUAUGCUGAAAGUUGAUCCUGGUCUGAUAAAGAGAAAGAAAACGCACUUCCAUAAACUCGCUAAUGGGGCAACUCUCAUCCUCGGGAACAACGGAUACAUUUGGAUAGGGGCGAAUACGCAGGAUACUGAUCGUUCCGAAGGUGGUUUCACACAAGAUUUAUCUCGAAUUUCUCAAGAAGAUAGAGAAGUUUUGAGAACUUUUUCGAAGGUCAAACAAAAAAUCAUGGACGCGUGUUUUACUGCUUUCGAUAAAGACGGGGAUGGAUUUCUCUCAAUUUUGGAAUUUCAGCUCAUUUGCCGAGCUCUCUUUCGCAACGAUCGAGGGAAAGUCUAUGAACUUGAGGAGCAGCAAUUGAAAGACAUUUUCGGGGUUUUUAAUACAAAAGGCGAUGGUUUGCUGGACAGGAAAGAGUUUCAGGUCUGUUGGAAUCGAUGGAUUAAAGUCUGCACAAGGCCAAAGAGCGCUUUUCUAAUCGUAGAUGUGCAGAAUGAUUUCAUCAGUGGAUCCCUUAACAUAAAGAAAUGUGCUGCUCAACAUGAUGGUUCGGAAGUUAUUGAACCAAUAAAUCGUUUGCUAGAGACUGUUCCUUUUGAAUCCGUAUUUUUUUCACUUGAUUGGCAUCCUGUGGAUCAUGUUUCGUUCAUCGAUAAUCUUCCUCUUAGAGAAAUUGACUUGUCCAGUGGAAUAUCAAAGGAAGAAGUCCGAGUAUAUGAUACAGUAACAUUCACCGGUCCUCCCGAAUUAAAGCAAAGAUUAUGGCCAAGGCAUUGCGUUCAAGAUUCCUGGGGUUCAGAGCUUCACAAGGAUUUAAAAAUCGUUGACAACGCGGUUAAAAUCUACAAGGGAACAAAUCCUGAUGUCGACUCCUAUUCAGUAUUCUGGGAUAAUAAAAAACUGACAGAAACGACAUUAUCUUCUCAGUUGCAAGCAAAAGGAGCGACCGAUAUUUAUAUUUGUGGCCUGGCUUAUGAUGUUUGCGUCGGAGCCACGGCUGUUGAUGCUCUAGCAAGUGGAUACCGAACCAUCCUCAUCGACGACUGCAGCAGAGGCGUUGACCUGGUGGAUAUUGAAAAAACGAAAUCGACUGUUAUAGCCAAUAAUGGCGUGAUCGUAAAUUCAAGCCAGGUCAAAGCAAUGGUUGAAGGGCGGGACCGCAGACCAGAACUCGGUUAUAAACUCGCGAUGGAAAUAAAGCAGACGCUUAGCGAUUGUGGAAAUGGCAAUUGACCUGGUUAUACGAAAAUUUUUAAUUCACUCCUGCAUUUAAAUACAAUGUAUACGAACAGCCACAGGCGAGAAAUCGCUGAAAAUAUUGCUUUCUGUUUGGUCAUUUCUACAAAUGAAGAAAUGAGAAUGACAACUGGAUGAGGUCCAUAAAUGAACAUUUACAGGAUGAACAAGGAAGGGUUUUAAAUAAAAAAUGUUUGAUAAAAUUUUAGAAACAUGUGUUCCCAAAGAAUACUCUACAUUGACAAUGCGAAAACAUUAAGAGAACAAAAAUUUCCAGUUUUCCGUUUCAUAAAUGUUAGAGCUGAAAUUCUAGAAUUUAUGGAAAUAUGAGAAUGACAAGAAUAUAAAGACUAAAAAUAAAAUUAUUUCUACAAUACUACAUGAUGGAAAAACUUAAUUCUCUGUGCUUUAAUGUCAAAAAACCGAAUGGUCCUUAUGUCGUUGUCAUUCUUAUAAUUUACAAAGUCAUUUUUUCGAGUAAAAGGACAAAUUAUUUUUACAUAUUUCUAAUACUUAUCGAUACAUAAUAUACUAAAUUAUUUCAAAUCGUUUAAAAUAGAAUUUAAAAAAUUUCAUCCUUACCCAGUUAUCAAUCUCAUGUCUUCAAAUAGUUUUCCGAUAGAUUUGAUUAUCUUUUUUUUUAUUUUGUAAAUAGAAUAAAUGAGUUUUUACGCU